ACAUACCAACCGAUUUAAAAUGAGUCCAAGUUCUUUUAAAUAUAACAGUGUUAUCAAUCAAAGCUUAUAUUAAACAUGUCUAAAUUGUGCAAUAUUGAAGAACUUAAAAGUGAUGCUAUAGAGAAUUUUAUUAAUUCUGUUGAGGUUAUCCUAUUCGAUAUAGAUGGAGUUCUAAUUCUUCAUAAGAUCCCUAUCCCUGGUGCAAUAGAAUUUUUGGAAAAAGUGAAGAAGCUCCAGAAGAAAGUGUUUUUUGUCACUAACAACACCAUCUAUCCAAAGCACCUUAUAGUCGAAAAUUUAAAACCUUUUAAGGCAACCGAAGAGGAAAUUCUCACACCAAAUGACGUUUUAAUUGACUAUCUAGAUAUUAUUGGGUUUAAAAACGACAAGGACAUUUUUGCUAUCACAACCUCUCUUCCCAAAAAACUGUUAAGGAAGGCUGGGUACAAUGUUAUCACUUAUGAGCAAAUUCAGCAAACCCCACUAGAGCAGUCAAUUUCUGGUGUUAAAAACUUAAUACUAAAAGGAUUUGAGGCAUGUAAAAAUGUAGGACUUAUAUAUCUAGAUGCUGACCUGAACGUAGCUGCUGGUAAUGUUCAACUCGCCAAGGCACUUUUGAACCAUAGCACUCAAAAAGAGGAUAUUUUGUGCCUAAGUGGAAUGAGUGAUGAGCUUUUUCCAAUUGGGGACGAGUUUAAAGGAAUAGGUGCUGGAUAUUAUAUUAACGCCCUUGAGAAGUGGACAAAGCGAACUGUUGAACCAAUGGCAAAACCUGGAAAAGCUAUGGCAGAUUUCGUAAAAAUGAAACAUAACAUUAAAGAAAACAAAAAAGUAUUGAUGAUUGGGGACAAUGUAUCAACCGAUAUAACAUUUGGAGUGGACGCUGGAUUUCAGACAUUAUUAGUAUUAUCUGGCUGUACCGCCGAAGAUGAAGUGAUGCCCAGAUGGUCAUAUCCUGAGAGAGUGAAGCCUGAUUAUGUAGCAACAUCCCUUGCUGAAGUUUAUGAAAAGAUGAAAAACAUGUAAAUAUCAAAGAGAAGCGCUUUUUUAAGUUAAAAACACUUUUUAAUACAAUGUUGAUUUUUAAAAAUUUGGUAUUUUAUUAGUGACCUUAUUUUUAGUAUAAGAUUAUUAUAAUUUUAAUAAAUUUUUAUUUCAAUUGCAA